CUCCCCCCGGGCCCGGCAGGGGGAGCGCUGCCGCCGGCCGGCCGGGGGGGAGCCGCUCUGGGCUGCUCUCGGUGGCGAUGGAGGCGGCGACGGAGCCGCCGCUGGGCUGCGAGUUCGCCGAGUCCCUCUUCUCCGGCGGCAGGGAGAGGGGCGCGGGCGGCGGGGCCGGGCAGCCCUACUGCGCCAAGCGCUGCGAGCCCCGGUGGUUCUGCGGCGAGACGGGCGGCGAGGAGGACGCCGAGAUCUUAACGGGCAAUAAAUUCCGGGCUGACUUGGCGUACAGGGAGCGGCAGUUUGAGAAAUCUCUGUGUGAAUACUCCAGCUGCUUGCUCCGCUUACCUCCCGGUAACAUCGCCAUGAGGCGGGAUGUCCAGGAGGGCCAGGCUCGGUGUUUGUCUCAACUGGGAAGGCACAAGGAGGCGCUGGAUAUUGCAGAAAAAAUGAGAAGCGGCGCCACUAACACAGAUCACUUAACGACUGUGCUCAACCUGCAGUUUGCCAUUUAUCAGGAUCUGAAAAACGUAGAAAAAAAGAUGCUGUGUCUGCAGCAGCUGAUCUGCUUACAUCCCUUCAACCCUUGGUACUGGAAGUUACUCGCUGAAGCUUACACGAGCCUUUUAGAGAGUCUGUCUCCAUUACGCGUUCCAGAAACAAAUACAAACCGCUCUGAAGAGGUUGGUGUCAGUGACAGCCGCUCCAAAAUAUCAGCUGGAAGAGAGAUUCAUUUCCAGCCUCACAGAUCAGCCAGCCAGAGGGAAGGCCUUUGGUCCAGCCUUGCUACAGAGACAAAGAGCGAGAACACAGGGACUUGUAACAGCAGCCAAGCUGUAAAAGAAACCCUCUGUGCUUCACACGAACCCGAGAGGAAGGACAAAGGGAAGGAGGGAGCCUCCGAGCCCUGGGAGCAGAGCGUGUCGAGGGAGGUUGGGAUAAAGGCAUGUGCCUCAUUUAUUAGAGCAAGGCUUUUACUGCAGCUUACCCAGUCGCAACAGGCGUCCUUUGCUCUGGAGAACAACAUGAAAAGUCAGAAGGAAAUUGACGGCAAAGUGGCGCAGUUUGGUUUAAGCGAGACCUCCUCGCUGCUGCUGAGCGAGAAUUCAACAGGCAGACAACUUAAUGGUGGCUUGGAAACGUCUCCUCGGUGGAGUAUGGUCAUGGGGGCGGAUCUGAUACCGGAAAAACUAAAAGAGGAGUUCCAGGGUGAGGUGAAAUGCAUAGGCUCGUCAGCACUGUCGUCGUUGGUAACUGCAUCGGCCUCAGAAUUUGAAACCAAAUGGUUUGGUGAGCUCCAGGAGGAUUCAUGCCACUCUGACGGACAGUUCUAUUCAGAUACACAUAGCCCACCUCUGGCUACAUAAAAGUUUUAUUGUUUGUAUUAUCAUGUCUUCAAAUGACCAGGGAAUGAUACAUGCAAAAAUGUUUAUAUUUUUUAAGAAUUCUUCCUGUAUAUCUUUUAAGAACGUACAUAAAUUUCUGCAUUUAAAGUC